AUGAAGUUUGUCGCCGUUCUAUUAGGCCUCGCAUCCUGUGCCUUCUCCCAGCUACCCUUUUCCGACCGCGCGGAGGCGGACCCUUGGGAGCAUUUCGACCAACCAAGGGGUGUUCCUUUUCCUGAUGAAGCCAGUGAGGAGUUGUCUCCCAAGCUCAAGGCCGCCACCAAGACCUUGGAACUUGGGAAGCGUGACGGGCUCUUUGCCCCCCUGAAUCAGCUGGAGUUCGUGUAUACAGAAAAUGAACAACGUGUUGGGCCUCAUGGUGUUGACAUGACCCAACGAGCGACCUUGGCUGGCCUGGCGAGGUAUCCAACUUAUUUCCCAGAGAAAUAUCGGGAUGUGCAAGUGGCGUGCUAUAUGAAUACAAUCCACCUUACAUUCGACACCGAUGAGGCCUUCCGUAACGCCCAGGAGCAGACGAGAGACUCCCUCAAUGCUACCAUAGUCACAUCUCACUAUGGAUGCCAGGAGCCAGACGCCCGGAAGACCUUCAAGGUCAAGGAAGUGUCGUACCAUACCGAGACGCGAUCAAUCAAGUUCGAAGCAGCCAAGCGGCCCCUUCGGGAUGUCUUCCGCACUCUCUCCAUUGAGUUUGACCAGACGAACGAGCACCACGUCCAUCGCUCGAUCGACGAGCGAGACCGUCUCAGAAGACGACAGGCAUCCCCCACCACGUUCACUGAAAAUCCCAUGGCGGGCGCCUGGGCGCCCCUGCCGAGCGGGACGGCGACCGACAACCAACCCAGGACAACCGACUUGAACUGGUCUCUCAUCAAUAAGACGUUGGACCUCCCGAACAUUUCGGCCUGGAAAUUCUACCUGUGGGCCGUUGUCGGAUGCAAUAACUGCACGCAGACGGGCACCGUCAGUUUCUCGCACGGGAAAUUCGACCUCAACCUCGACCUCCUGGACUGGGCGUCGAACCCGAACAAGGCCAAUCCCCUGACCGAGGGAUGGGUGCAGAUGGACUUGAAGGAAUACUCGCUCCACCUGGACAUGUACGCCAUUGGCCACGGGGGCCUGUACUGGAUGAACUUCCUGUCCAACGCGACCCUCCCGCACGACGGCUGGAAGAUCGAGGGGAUCGGCUGGGUCGGCCUGCAGUGGGCCCCGGCGAUCAUCACGAGUCUCGACUUCGCGUCGCCCACGAAGUACGGCUACGGCGUCGAUGUCAAGAUCCCCAACCUGUCUAUGCGCGUCGAUGUGGGCAGCCUGAACGCGAGCACGCAGGGCUUCGAAGACGCCGAGGUCACCCCUCAUGGGAUGACUUCGAACACGACGACACCCCAGGUGAAACUCGCUGUGAAAUUCGUGCCGCGCAUACCACUCACAUUCAAGCUCGGCGUCGACUACGACGAGGACGGGAUGCCCGAGCCCAGCGGCGGAAUCGGCUUCUACGUCGGCACCUACCUGUUCCUGCCCCUGCUGGACAUCACCAUGGAGCCGGGCUGUCCGUCGCUGCCCUACAACGGCACCACCGGGAACGGUACGAAUGCCUGGAACGGCUCGGACAGCCUGAGCACGCGACCCGACGCCGCCGUGGCGCAAUUCAAGCCCCGGAUCUCACUCAGCGGCGGCAUCGAGAUCAUCUUCGAGUACCGCCUCGACAACAUCGACCCGGGCGCCUUCACGCGCAUCGAGCUGGCCGGCGUCACCUCGACGUUCCCGCAGGUCUGCUACUCGCUCGAGACCGGGGUCGGCACGUGGGUCCCGUUCUCGACCGAGGGUGAUACGAACACCCAUCUUGUGGGUUGGAAUCCGUCGACGACGACGACGACGGCUACUACGGAUACGACGGUUCACGUUAGGACGGCGGCGCCCCCGACUCAGGCUCCUAGGGUGACUCCUGGGCCCUGA